AUGCCUCCCAACGACAACAAUCGCAAACCGCCGACGGCGGCAGUCAACCUCAUCGCCGGAGGCGGCGCCGGCAUGAUGGAAGCCCUCGUGUGCCAUCCGCUGGGUACGUUUCCCCCCAACCCCGUAGCAGACGUUGGACUAACACAGGGCGACGCAAAAGACACAAUCAAGGUCCGGAUGCAGCUCUCGCGGCGGGCCAGGCAGCCCGGCGCGCCCAAGCGCGGCUUCGUCAAGACCGGGGUGGAAAUCGUGCGCAAGGAGACGCCGCUGGGCCUGUACAAGGGCCUGGGCGCGGUGCUGACGGGCAUCGUGCCCAAGAUGGCCAUCCGCUUCACGUCGUUCGAGGCGUACAAGCAGCUGCUCGCGGACCCGGCGACGGGCAAGGUGUCGGGCCAGGCCACAUUCGCCGCGGGCCUGGCGGCGGGCGUGACCGAGGCCGUGGCCGUCGUCACGCCCAUGGAGGUCAUCAAGAUCCGGCUCCAGGCGCAGCACCACUCCAUGGCCGACCCGCUCGACAUCCCCAAGUACCGCAACGCCGCGCACGCGCUGUACACGGUCGUGCGCGAGGAGGGGUUCGGCGCCCUCUACCGCGGCGUCAGCCUGACGGCCCUGCGCCAGGGCACCAACCAGGCCGUCAACUUCACCGCCUACAGCUACUUCAAGGUCUGGCUCAAGGACUGGCAGCCGCAGUACGCCGCCACCAACCUGCCCAGCUGGCAGACCACCCUGAUCGGCCUCGUCUCCGGCGCCAUGGGGCCCCUGAGCAACGCGCCCAUCGACACCAUCAAGACGCGCCUGCAGAAGACGCCUGCCCAGCCGGGCGUCAGUGCCUGGGCGAGGAUAGCCACCAUUUCCGCCGACAUGUUCAAGUGCGUUUCUCCCUCCCUGCAAGAAGGCUUCCACGCCUUCUACAAGGGCAUCACCCCGCGUAUCAUGCGUGUCGCCCCCGGCCAGGCCGUCACCUUCACCGUCUACGAGUUCCUGAGACAACGCAUUGAGAAGAGCAACCUGUCUUUUGUUGGCGGAAACUACGAGGAGUAA